CAAACAUACACACACUCUCUUUCUCUCUCUCUCUCUCUCUUUCUCUCUGAUCGUUCCCUUAAAAACCAAAGAAACCCAAUAUUUAAAACUCAAAGACAUUGAUCCUCGUAGACUGUCUUUGGUCUUGCAGAGUUUCAACUCUCUCUCUCUCUCUUCCCAAACCACUUCAAUUCCCCUAUCACUUCAAUUGAUUCUUUAGCUUUUACUUUCAUGGAGAACGGCUUCUCUUCUCCUCGGAGCGAAUCCUUCCCGGCCGGUCUCCGCGUUCUCGUUGUUGAUGAUGAUCCAACAUGGCUCAAAAUUCUUGAAAAGAUGCUCAAGAAGUGUGCUUAUGAUGUGACUACAUGUCAUUUAGCACGUGAGGCUCUGAACCUUCUUCGGGAGAGGAAGGAUGGCUAUGACAUCGUAAUCAGCGAUGUUAACAUGCCUGACAUGGAUGGAUUCAAACUUCUUGAGCAUGUUGGACUGGAAAUGGAUCUUCCAGUGAUUAUGAUGUCUGUAGACGGCGAAACGAGCAAGGUCAUGAAAGGAGUUCAGCACGGCGCAUGUGAUUAUCUCCUCAAGCCGAUAAGAAUGAAGGAACUCCGCAAUAUAUGGCAGCAUGUUUUCAGAAAGAAGAUACAUGAAAUCAGGGAUAUCGAACAUGAAAACAUAGACAUUAUUCAAAUGUCUAGAAAUGGAUCAGAUUUGUCUGAUGAUGGGCACAUGUAUUGUGGGGAAGAUUACAACUCUAAGAAACGAAAAGAUUUUGACAAGAAUGAUGACAAGGAUUUCGGUGAUCAUUCUACAAAGAAACAUAGAGUAGUUUGGUCGGUUGAUCUUCACCAGAAAUUUGUCAAAGCUGUGAACCAGAUUGGGUUUGAUAAAGUUGGCCCCAAAAAGAUACUCGAUUUGAUGAAUGUGCCAUGGUUGACUAGAGAAAAUGUUGCUAGUCACUUACAGAAGUACCGCCUCUACUUGAGUAGAUUACAAAAGGAAAAUGAUUUGAAAGCUUCUUUUGGUGGCAUAAAGCAUUCAGAUUUUCCUCCAAAGGAUCCUGCAGCAAGUUACGGACAUCAGAGUUCAAUCAGCUUGAACCAAAAUGAUGUUGCAAAUGGUUACCAGUUUUGUGGCAGUAACUUCAUUGCUCAGGAUGCUGAUACCAAAAAUCCUGAAGGUGAUCUCAAAAUUGUUUCAGAGAUGACAGAGAUCAAAAGAACGUUGACCGCUGAUGUUAGUGAUCCGCAGAAAGCAAGGAGUUCACAGAGCUUCGGUCAUUCUUUUGCAUCACUGGAAACCGAAGCAAGCUAUCCAGCAUUUGAUUCUACCAACCCACCGGAGUUCUCUUGGAGUGAAAAUACCGAAACUCAAGUCAAGAAAGAACUUAAGCCACAUCUUCAGUUGGAGGAUGGCUACAGUCAGCUACCACCACAUGGUCCACAGCAUCAGAUCCAAAUGAAUCAAUUACAGUCAGAUCCAGCAGUUACUUCUGUAGUUUCUUUGACAGGAAGAGACAUAAGUGGCUCUAUCGAAAUUAAGCCUUUGUUCACUGAGUUCAAGAGCAAGCAUGUGAGCCAUGUCAGUCCAACAGAAAGUGCAAUUGACACAUUUCCCGUUCAAACCAAGAGCCAAUUAAUAAAUCAUCAAUCUUUUGAGCCCAUUUCCACUGUGAUUUCAAGCACGAAACCACAGGGCUUCAAUCUGAGCAUUACUGACUUAGAGUCUAGCCAAAGAAACCUGACAUCAGCGAGUGACCCAAAUUUUGCACCAAUCAAUGAGGACUUAACCGUCUGGCUUCAAGGUGAUUAUUAUAGUAUGAAUUUUGGACAGAGUAUAGAUUAUAUUGACUACGAUGAUCCGGGCUUCCUGGCUGAAGUUCCAUUCUACUUGUAUGACCCACUUACUGCUGACUUCCAGUGUCCUAUCGACUCAACAACAGAAUGUCCAAUUGUUGAUCAAGGUCUAUUUAUAGCUUGACCGUGCUCUGCAGCUCUGCACCUUCUUGCAGGAAGAGAGGUUUGGGAUAUUAUUUCCUGACCACUUUGGACUUGGAUGUUUUAAUUUGUAUAAUAGGAGUGUUUUCAAACUUUUAGCAUAAUAAGUUUGCUUGUCGAAGUUUAGUUCUUGACAUGGGACAUGCAUUAAUAGUGUUUUGUGUGUUUGUAGAAAACAA